UUGUUUCAUGAACCGGAUAAGAUAUAUGAUAAAGAUUGGGGAGGGCUCGGCUUUGUUGUCCUCUGAAGAGUUCAGAGUGUGUAGUGUGGGCGCUUACAUUAGUGUUCUUGCUGAAGGAACAACCUUAAAAAUGAACAUGAAGGGGUACAAGGUAUGGACCUCAACCUUCAAGACUACCAACACCUUCAUCCCUUUCAAUAACAAUCGCUUCCAAAGCUACCCCAUAACUCCUUCCUCCUAUUCUACCUUAAAGUGCUUCCAAAACCAAAGACCAAAACUUGUUGCUCAGAUUUUCAAACCCCACAUUCUUAUAUGCAGCUCUCUGCCCAGUCCACAGACUAGCAGUGCUUUCAAUGUUCAAGUGGAGGAGCAAGAAGAGAUUGAAAUUGCAAAGGGUUACACUAUGACUCAAUUUUGUGACAAAAUGAUAGAUUUCUUUCUGAAUGAGAAAACCAAAUCCAAGGAAUGGAGGAGUUACCUGGUAUUUAGGGAGGAGUGGAAAAAAUACAGGGAUAGAUUCUACAGUAGGUGCCUAAGAAGAGCAGAAUUGCAGAAUGACCCUAUUAUGAAGGAAAAAUUUAUUUCAUUGGAGAGAAAGAUGAAGAAGAUUGAUGAUGAAAUGGAAGGACACUAUGAACUUCUCAAAGAAAUUCAAGAUAGUCCAACUGACAUUAAUGCCAUUGUUGCACGGAGGCGUAAAGACUUUACAGGAGAAUUCUUCCGCUACCUCUCUCUUAUUGCAGAUACAUAUAACAGCUUGGAGGAUCGUGAUGGGAUUUCCAGGCUGGGGAGUAGAUGCUUGUCAGCUGUCAGUGCAUAUGAUAAUACUCUAGAAAAUAUUGAGACAUUAGAUGCUGCUCAGGCUAAAUUUGAUGAUAUCCUCAAUUCUCUUUCUAUUGAUGUUGCUUGUCAGAAGAUCAAAAGCCUGGCAAAGGCAAAGGAACUUGAUUCUUCAUUGAUAUUGUUGAUAAGCAGUGCUUGGGCUAAAGCAAAAGAAUCUACCACAACGAAGAAUGAGGUGAAAGAUAUAAUGUACCAGUUGUACAAGGCCACAAAGAGCAGCCUUAGGAGUAUUACUCCAAAAGAAAUAAAGCUACUCAAGCAUUUGUUGAAUAUAAUAGAUCCUGAGGAGCGAUUUUCUGCGUUGGCAAGGGCUUUCUCCCCUGCUGACGAACACGAAGCCAAGGACCCUAAUGCUUUAUACACUACCCCAAAGGAGCUGCACAAGUGGAUUAAGAUCAUGCUUGAUGCAUAUCAUCUGAACAAGGAAGAAACAGAUCUCAGAGAAGCCAGGCAGAUGACUGAUCCUAUAGUAAUUCAGAGGCUGUUUAUCCUCAAAGAUACUAUUGAACACGAAUAUAUAGGAAAAGACACAACUCAGAAAUCUGAAACGGAAGAUGACUCUAAAUCAGAAGUGUUUUAAGGGUUGAAGUGGAGAGAAGACAACUAAAUGUGACCAAAGUGAAUGAAGUUACAACUACCCUUCCAAAGAUAUGUAAACUACAGUGUAUUAGUUCACCAGGUUUUCAUUGCAAAGUUGAGGAUUGCACUUAUAGGUGUAAACUAUAAAGUAUCCACCAGAGCAAGGUGGAUGACAAGUGACAACACCAUUUUGAGGUGUAACUUAGAAUAGAAUCAAUAUCAGUAGGAAGUGAGUAGUUCUCUCUAUAUAUAAACAACCCUCCAUUUUUCUUCUGGAAAAUUUCUUAAAAAAUUAAACCAAACACAAGAUGUUGGGUAAUAGGACAUUGGUUGAUAAAAAGUCAUUAGUCUAUGCACAUAACGGGUUAGCACUCAUUGACUAUAUGUCAUGAUUUACAAGUUAUCAUUUACUAGUUUUAUUUGGGGGCC